UUCUGCGCGGACGGCGACGCUCUUGAGUCAUCAGUGAGAGGAAGCGCCGUGUUUACCGGCGCCAUAUCAGCAGCUGUGACCUGUCGUCCCGGAGACGAGCACGCACCGUUUGUCCGUGAUCGCUUGUCUCCGCGGGGUGUGGUCGAGUAAAGACGUUAAUGCACAAGCGUGAUUGUAGCGUGAUAGCGUAUGUGCACUGACGAGCAAGUACGGUGCUUCAUCGGCGGCCGCGUUACAGGUUUGGCGCAACGACGAUGCCCCUUCUAUAGCUUCAUUGAAGUAAGGAAAAUGAAGCUUCCCGUGCAAUGCCCCGGGUUGCGAACCGCCCUCCGUCGAGACGACCGUAGAGCGUGUGACCACAACCUCUUCUUCGGGUCACCGUUCAUGGUGCUGUUGCUGCUUCUGCGUUGGUCCUCGAGCGGCGGUGCCGCCAUCCGGUUGCAAGACGACGGGGGCUACGUCGACCUUGUCGUCGCCGUUCACGAAGCGCUUCCUGUGGAGCUCGAGCUCGUGGAGCAGCUCAAGAUUACCUGCUGGUGCACGAGUGGGCGCACCUGCGGUACGGGGUCUUCGACGAGUUCGGCUUCCCCAAAGACCCGCUCUACCCGGCUGUUUACAUGAGGGGAAGAAAGACGCUUUCAAACACGUGCAGUGCGCGGAUUGUGACGUCACGGCAGAAAGAGGAUGGCGCCCCGUGCGGCAUCAUUGAGGGCACCUUGGAGUCUGGCUGCGUGGACUUCGAGCCCGUACCUGAAAUGACAGACGCGCGCUCCUCCAUCAUGUUCCUGCCGCCGCUUCCCACGGUGGACUCAUUCUGCAACGACAGCGCAGCCUUCGCUCACAACGCAGACGCUCCGUCACCGCAAAACGCCUUGUGUGAUGGACGAAGCACGUGGAGCGUCAUUUCAGCUACGGAUGACAUUCUCCGGCUAGAAGGACCGUCGCCUUUGCAGCCAACAAACUUUAGGGUGGUGCGCUCAGGGUCCCGACCCGGACGCCUGGUGCUUGUCAUGGACGUUUCUGCAAGCAUGGCACAGGGGAACCGCUUGGCGCAACUGAGACGAUCUGUGGGCCGAUUCUUAGAAGACGGCGCACCCGACGGUUCCCUUGAGCUGUCGAUGGUAGUCUUCAACCAGAGGGCAUUGGUUCUCGAGCCCCUCACGAAGCUUAACUAUACCAUGCGGAGGAGAUUGAAGGAGACUGCGCUGCCAGUUUCUGUCGGCGGGAGAACCUCCAUGGGAGCCGGCAUUGUUGCAGCUCUUGAGGUGCUGCAGUCCGGGGGUGCUGAAGGCAGUGCCAUGCUGCUGAUCACGGAUGGCGAGGAGAACGAGCCACCCUUCCUGAGUGGCGUGCUGCCCCUGCUGUUGCAAAAAAGGAUAACGUUGCACACAUUGGCCUUGACAAGUGACGCACAAGCCUCGCUUGAGAAAGCGGCUCGAGACACGGGUGGGCGAGCGUUCACAACCGCCGGCUCCGACGACGUUGUCACCGGCAUUGCAGACGUCUUUUCUUCGGCCGCCGUCGAGCAACUGGACGAAGCGACACGGCCUGUUACGCUAUUCAGCGAGAUGGUCAACGCUACGACAUUUGACGUGCCCCUCGAUGACGAACUCGGUCGCGAUACGCAGUUCGUGAGCUCUUCGCAGCACCUGGAAGUGGUCAGCCCAUCAGGCGAGCGCUUGCUAGGAUCCUACGACGCAAGCCUUCUAAGAAGCAAGCUCCUCUUGGACAGAACUUGGACAGGACUGUGGACCGUGCGCUUGUCAGAGCCGGCGCGUGUGUCUAUAACCUCGCGGCCAUCGCGCUCGGGCCCUGUGACCCAACUGCGGGCAUUCCUUGGAAACGGGGUCCUUGAGCGGGCUGCUGGCCACAUGCCGCCCGCAGCGCUACACGCUGAACUGGUGCGGGGUGCUAGGCCUCUGCUGGGCGCCCACGUGACGGCUUCGGUGCGGACACCUCGAGGAGUGGAAGUGCACCUACCGCUCAGGGACGACGGUGCAGGCAUUGACGUAGCGGCCAGAGACGGUGUUUACAGUGCGGCGUUCAUCGCUUUCGAUGUGGCCGGCCGCUACGCGGUUCAACUACGAGCCAGGGGUCGUCGAGGAAACGGAAGCUUUGUCCGAUUUUCCGAUGCCGGCUCCCUCUGGGUGGGAGCCGUCGAUGGCGACCUCGCCUAUCCCCCUUCGACAGUGCGAGAUCUGCGCGUGGAAGGUGCGAGACCCACCAGCGAAGGAUGGCUCAUCACUCUGGCGUGGACGGCACCAGGAGACCAGAUGGACCAGGGCGUGAGUGCCAAAAUAGAGCUGUUUGCGGCAAACACGGCCAGUGCGCUGCGGAACUUUUCGAAUGGCUCCCACAAGAACAACACAGUGCAUCGAGUGACCGAGUCACAGCUCGUAGGGGACAGCCGCCUGAACCCGGUUCCUCCAGCGGGUCACCUGCACAGAGUGUCUCUCAUCACGACAUCGCAAACCAGUGACCCAGCGCAGGGGCUGUACUUCGCCGUCGUCGCCGUCAGCCAUUCCGGCAUGCGGUCUCCACUCUCCAACAUUGCAGCGGCCAGCGUCGCAGGAAGCGUCAAGUCCCGCCACGCUUCAUUUCCGCCCUGGCUUCCGGUGCUUCUAUUCUCGCUGCUCGCAGUGGCCGCUGUCCUGAUUCUGGCGGCUGCGUAUCUGCGCGUACGUCGUCGCGAGGUAUUGCGCUCCGACAGAACCGUGGCUGUGUUCGCGGCCUCACCGGGAAAGGCGCAGCUUGAGAUGGCUUGCAGGCGGAGCCUUCUACCGCAGUAGCAAAAUUUAAGCGCUUUAGUGAGAUAGGGACGAAAGAAAUAGUAAGCACUUUCUUUACCUCUUAAAAUUUGUUUCUAUGAGCUGUGAGCAAGUCUGAACAUCUACGCUUCUACCGCGGCACUUCUACCGAAGAAUGAUGGCUAGAAUGCCAAGAGGCGGCGCAUAUAUCAACUACAGGAUACAUGAUGUGGACCAAGCUUUACUGAUCCUGUUUUCGCCGUAUGGUGUGAAUUCGUUGACGAGUUGAAUGUUGAAAUCCUCCUGUUUUCGUUAACGUUCGCGCAAAUAUCAACACGUUAGAAGGAUGUAGCUUAGGUCCAAGAAUCAGCUACUCUUUUCGCUCAUGCAUGUGCAGCGUGCGUAAUAUGUGUGGCACCAAUCAUAUGCGCUACUGGCUUUACUUCCAUUGCUGCCACCACAAAUGAUGUAAACAACGUUGUACACAAGGGCUACUACGGAAAGGAUGUACUCUUGGGAUUGUGACAUCUUCCUAUAGACCAGAACACAGAGAAUUCC